AUGGGUCGAAGAAAUUCUUAUGAUAUUAGUCGUUGUCAAAUACAUUUUAGUGAUGAUGGUAAUAUACCUAGUAAAGUACGAACAAGUCUCAUCAAUGAAGAACCUACUAAAGCAUCACCUUCAAAUUUUAAAAUGAAAGAAAUUUUUAAAAAAGAAGAUAAUAAAAUCAAAAAAGAAAAAAAAAGUUCGGCAGAACUUGUUAGCUUUUCGAGUCUGUUUCGUUUUGCUAAUAAAAUCGAUAUAAUUUGUAUAAUAAUUGGUACAUUUGCUGCUUUGGCACAUGGUGCUGCAUUUCCUCUAAUGUUACUUGUCUUUGGCAAUUUAGUAGAUAUUUUUACUGAUCGAUCUUUUGAUUUAUGUCAAGUAAAUUUUACGCUACUUAAUUCUUUUUGUCCAGACAAUAUUCAACUUACUAAUAAAAACUUUCGUAAUGAAUAUAAAAAAUGUAACUUUUCACAAGGAAAUUUUACACUAAUAAACGAUAAUUUUAUGCCAAAUAUUGGUAAACAAUCUAUGUGGCUUGUUAUUAUGGGAUGUGCAACAAUUGUAGUAGGUUAUUUUCAAGUUGCUUUUUGGUCUAUUGCAUGUGAACGUCAAACACGUCGUCUUCGUGAAACACUUUUUCGAUCAAUACUUAGUAAAGAAAUAGCUUAUUUUGAUACAAAUCAAACUGGUCAACUUAGUACAAGAUUGACUGAAGAUGUUAAUAAAGUACAUGAUGGUACAGGUGAUAAAAUUGGUUCAGCAUUACAAUUUAUUGCUUCGUUUAUUGCUGGUCUUAUACUUGGAUUUAUUAAAGGAUGGAAAUUAACAUUAGUGAUACUUUCUAUCAGUCCAAUACUUGUUGUUAGUGCAGCUAUUUGUACAAGAAUAACAGCAACAAUGACAUCACAAGAAUUGAAAUCAUAUGCAAAAGCUGGAGCUGUUGCUGAAGAAGUUUUAAGUAGUAUACGAACUGUUUUUUCAUAUAAUGGUGCAGCUUAUGAAUCGAAAAGAUAUGAAAAACAUUUAAGAUCAGCAAAAAUAAGUGGUAUUCGUAAAGGAGGAUUAAAUGGAAUUUUAAUGGGUAUUGUGUGGCUUUUGAUCUUUUGUGUUUAUGCUUUGGGUUUUUGGUAUGGAGCUAAACUUGUUCGGGAAGAGAAUUUUUCCAUUGGUGGAAUUCUUAUUGUAUUUUUCUCACUUGUUACAGCAAUGUUUGGUCUCGGUCAAGCAGCUCCUCAUCUUCAAUCAGUUGCACAAGCUCGAGGUGCAGCUUAUACAUUAUGGAAUAUAAUUGAUACGCCAUCAAAAAUCUCAAUUGAUGGUAAGAAUGGUAUUCAAAAGGAGGAUUUAAUUGGUGAUAUAAAAUUUACUAAUGUUCAUUUUGCUUAUCCAUCUCGAAUUGAUGUUCCUGUUCUUAAUGGACUUUCAUUUACAGCUCAACGUGGUCAAACAACAGCACUUGUUGGUUCUUCUGGUUGUGGAAAAAGUACAUGUAUACAAUUAUUGCAAAGAUUUUAUGAUCCAAUUGAUGGUUCUGUUGAAAUUGAUGAUAUUCAAGUUAAUCAAUAUAAUCUUAGUUGGCUUCGAGAACAUAUUGGUGUUGUAUCACAAGAACCAAUUUUAUUUCAAACAACAAUUAAAGAAAAUAUACUUUUUGGAAAAACCAAUGCAACACAAGAUGAAAUUGUAACAGCAGCUAAAAUGGCUAAUGCACAUGAUUUUAUAAAAGAAUUACCAGAUAAAUAUGAUACACUUGUUGGUGAACGUGGUGCACAAUUAAGUGGAGGACAAAAACAACGAAUAGCUAUUGCUCGUGCACUUGUUCGUAAUCCUCGUAUUCUUUUACUUGAUGAAGCAACAAGUGCUCUUGAUAGAGAAAGUGAAAGUAUUGUACAAGAAGCUCUUGAUCGUGCAUCGAAAGGACGUACAACAAUUGUUAUUGCACAUCGUUUAUCAACUAUAGUAAAUGCAUCAAAAAUAAUUGUUCUUGAUAAAGGAUCAGUAAUUGAAGAAGGAAAUCAUAAAACAUUAAUGAAUGCACGAAGUGUUUAUUAUGGUCUUGUUGAAGCACAAAAUUUACGUAUGAAGAAUAAUGAUCAAAAGGAACUUGAAAAUGAUGAAGAUGAUGAAAUAUCUAUCGAUAAUGAAUUAAAUCGAUCUGUAUUAAUAAGUGAUCACAAUAAAUCCUGUCAUAAUAAAUCGAUUGAAGAAGAUCAAAUAAAUCAAAAAGGUGAUCAAAUAGACGAAUCUCAAGAGUAUUCUGGACGUUCACCAUUUUUCGCAGUACUUCGAAUGAAUAGUCCUGAAUGGUUUUACAUUAUAUUGGCUUGUCUUGCUUGUAUUUGUAAUGGAGGUGUUCAACCAAUAUUUGGUAUUAUUUUAAGUAAAGUGAUUGCAGUAUUUGAAGAAUGUGAUCCACACAUACAAGAAAAACGUGUAUUAAUUUAUGUUUUAUUUUUUAUUGGUAUUGGUUUGAUUACAUUAUUUACAAUGUUUUUACAAAGUUUUCUUUUUGCAAUAUCGGGUGAAACAUUAACACAACGUCUUCGUGCUAAAAUCUUUCAAACUUUAUUACGACAAGAAAUUACUUAUUUUGAUCGACCAGAAAAUAAUACAGGUGCUUUAUGUACACGUCUUGCAACUGAAGCUUCAGAUGUUCAAGGAGCUACUGGUGUUCGAAUUGGAACAAUGUUACAAAAUAUAUCAAAUCUUGGUGUUGGAAUUAUUUUAGCAUUUAUUUAUGGUUGGUCAUUAACAUUAAUUAUGUUAGCUUUUGUACCAUUUAUGAUUAUUGCUGGAUUUUUACAAAUGUAUUUAAUGACUGGAUUUGCAAAUAAAGAUAAAAAAGCUUUAGAAGAUGCUGGAAAGAUUGCUGUUGAAGCUAUAUCAAAUAUACGAACAGUUGCACAAUUAACAAAAGAACCAUAUUUUGGUGAUGAAUAUUGUAAAUUACUUGAUUUUCCUUAUAGAAAUAGUUUAAAACGAGCACAAGUAUUUGGUAUUUUAUUUAGUAUUAGUGAUUCAAUUAUGUUUUUUGCACAAGCAGCUUUAUUUACUUUUGGAGCUUGGAGAGUUGAACAAGGAGCAAUGACUUUUGAAAAUAUUAUGCUUGUACUUAAUUGUAUACUUUUCGGUGCAAUGGCUGUUGGUCAAACUGCAUCAAUGUCACCGGAUUAUUCAAAAGCAAUUGCAUCAUCAAAAAAAAUUUUGAUUUUAUUUGAACGUGUACCAACCAUUGAUAAUUCUUCAACUGCUGGAGUAACAUUGAAAAAUUUUGAUGGUGAAAUUGAUUUAAAAGAUUUGGAAUUUUAUUAUCCAAAUCGACGAGAAGUACAAGUUUUAAAAAAUUUUAAUUUAACAAUUCGACCUCAUAAACAAAUUGCUCUUGUCGGUUCAUCUGGUUGUGGAAAAAGUACAAUUAUUCAAUUACUUGAACAUUUUUAUGAUCCAACAGGUGGGCAAAUAUUAAUUAAUCAAAAUGAAUUAUCAAGUUUAAAUCUUCAAUGGUGGAGAAGUCAAAUUGGUUUUGUUAGUCAAGAACCAGUUUUAUUUAAUUCAACAAUUAGAGAAAAUAUUGCUUAUGGUGAUACAUCAAGAAUAGUAUCUAUGGAAGAAAUUGAACAAGCAGCUAAAAAUGCUAAUAUUCAUCAUUUUAUUGCAACUUUACCAAAACAAUAUGAAACAAAUGUUGGUGCAAGAGGUACACAAUUAUCUGGCGGUCAAAAACAACGAAUUGCUAUUGCUCGAGCACUUAUUCGAAAUCCAAAAGUCUUAUUACUCGAUGAAGCAACAAGUGCACUUGAUACAGAAAAUGAACGUAUAGUACAAGAAGCACUUGAUGAAGCAUCAAAAGGUCGUACAACUAUUGUUAUUGCUCAUCGUUUAUCAACAAUACAAAACUCUGAUCGUAUAUGUGUUGUUCGUCGUGGUCAUAUUGUUGAAUCUGGUAAACAUGAUGAAUUAUUGGCACACAAAGGAUAUUAUUAUCGUUUAGCACAAGCAAAUAAAUGA